CCGAGGGCUGUUAGGAAAUUAGCUGGGGAGGCUGAGGCCUACGGCCGGGCAGAGUCGCCAGGCUUCGGCAGCGGGGCAGGGCCACAACGCGGGCAAGGCAAGGCUCCGGCUGCCCAGGUCGAAGACUGAGGAAGGGCUCCGAGAAUGCCACACCGCCCCGCGGGGACACGCUGACGCCUCGCCGGGGAACGCGCGGGGGCGACCCGACGCGGCCGCCGCCCCGCCACUUCCGCCCCGGGAGGCUCCGCGGGGGCAUUGCCCCUCCCGAGGGGACGCCCCCGCGCAGGCGGCGAUGCGAUUGGCCGCGGGCUGGUGACGUCGAUGGGCGGGGCCGGCCUGGGACUGAAUGGAGGCAACAUGUCGGCCUCCGGCCUUUCGCGCUGGGGGCUGUGGCGGGGUCUGGCCAUGAGCCGGUGUGUCUUGGAGCCUCGGUCCCCCGGGAAGCGGUGGCUGGUGGCUGGCCUGGGGAACCACGGACUACCUGGUACGAGGCACAGUGUGGGCAUGGCGGUGCUGGGGCAGCUGGCUCGGCGACUGGGAGUGGCAGAAAGCUGGGCGCGCGACCAGCGCUGCACGGCUGACCUUGCCCUGGCCCCGCUCGGGGAUGCCCAGCUGGUCCUGCUCCGGCCAAGGAGGCUUAUGAAUGCCAACGGGUGCAGCGUGGCCGAAGCCGCUGAGCUGUUUGGGCUGACUGCAGAAGAGGUCUACCUGGUACAUGACGAACUGGACAAGCCCUUGGGGAAACUGGCUCUGAAGCUGGGGGGCAGUGCCAGGGGCCACAAUGGAGUCCGUUCCUGCAUUAGCUGCCUCAACUCCAGUUUUCUUCAGCGUGUCCAGCAGUUUUUGUGGGGUGAGGAUGUGCGUGGAUCCUGGGGAGGCAGAGAAGACAGUAAGCUCGCCGCGCUGGCUCCCGACGCUCCUCUCCUGCCCUUCUCUGUGCCCAGUGUCUCCCCUCUUCAUCCUGCUGGAAGCCACACGCACCUGGUGUCCACUAGACCCCGAUACCGGCCACCAGCCUGGUGGAGCUGGACCCGGCGGGGCCUCUCCUGUUUCUCAGGCUGAUUAUCUGGUGGGUGGUUCCAGUAACCCACCUCCUGCUGCCUGGGAAUCCACGCUCCUCCAGCCACGGGUGCCUGCACGUGUCUCCCUCGGGUACCAGGAGGGGUGGAAAGGAGCACGGAGCAAAGUGGGGAGAGGCGGGCUGGUUUCCUCCGCUCCACCAAAAGAAGGAUGUAAUUGCUUCUGGAUGUUUCGGGUCCACCCAGCCUUUUGGUUUGAAGAUUUUAAAAAUAGGACGCUGACUCACUCUAUUUAAAAUACAUUCAUUUUCUCCCUGUUCUAUUUGUGCGUCCUAGCUGCACACGGCGGGCUCGUUGCUAUGGUGCUGGCAGAUGACCUCUAACGCUUCAUUCAGCAGGAACCUGCUGCCAUGGGAGGAACCAAGUGAUCCUGGCAAGUCCCUUCGCCUCUGGGCCCCCGUUAAUUUGCCUGUGGAGUAUGGAAGUCACAUGGCUGAUCUGUCCCAGCCCCAAAAACCUAGCAGUGCAGGGCUCAACACAGGUUUCCUUCCUGCCACACUGCGAGAAGGUGGCGACGCCGCAGGGGGCCGUGUCACCGCCCCUCCACAGCCUCAGCCCACAGAUCGGCAGGAGGCUCUGUGCCAGACGACCUAGCAGUCCAGGUGACGGGGACCCCAGACUGAGCAGCACUCGCGCCUGUAAGCAGCAGGCCUCACGCGUGCUGCAGAUUCAGAGGCCUCGGGUGGUGGUGGGUGGUCCGUCAGAGGUGGGACAGCAUUUGGACACGGUGAGACGGCAGGGAACUUUAAAGGAAAGCAGGACUCGGGACGUGGAGAGGAAGGGCCAGAGUGUUCCAGACAAUGGCCGGGAGAGGAGCAGAACAGAGGGCUGGUCUCUGGUGACUGGAGGGCUCCGGGAGGAGAGCAGCAGGACGAGAGGCAGGGCUAGCUGCAGUCACCUUCCCAAGGCCUUUCCCCCCACGCCCAGCCGAGGCAAGAGGUGUGCACACUCAUGCCCCCCAGCAGGGCCUGCGCGUGCUCCUCAGCUGACCUUGGAGAUGCCAUGAUGGGCCUACUUCCUUUGUUCCGAGUUUGGUUUGGGUACUGGGGAUUAACCCAGGAGUGCUCUACCACUGAAUGACAUCCCCAGUUCUUUUUAUUUUAUAUUUUGAGACAGGAUCUUGCUCAGUUGCUUAAGGCAUCACUAAAUUAUUGAGGCUUGCCUUGAACUUGCAAUCCUCCUGCCUCAGCCUCCCAAGUAACUGGCACUACAGGCUGGGCCUGGCUACUUCGAAUACACACCAUCGAAGGACCUCUAGAGCGAGGGGCUAAGUCCUCAAGACAGGAGCAGCAGAAAAGCGGCUCUCUGGGGUCUACAGCUGGCAGUCUCAGUUCUUCAGGAUCCCUCAGAACAGAGAGCACCAGAGGGCUGACGCUCUGGAGGCCUGGAAGCUCGUCCUCAAGGAAAACCACAGGGGUCACAGCAUCUGAGAGCAGAGGGUGCUGGAAGCACCUGGGCCAUCCAGUGAAGAGCCCUAGGCCCUGGCUGUCCCCCGCUCAGCCCUGCCACUGACCUCCAUGAUGUCCUUAAUAAUCGGGGUCCAUCGUGAGAGCUGGUAGGUCUGCUCACUGAUGCGCUCCUUCCGCUCGGGCUUGCUCCUGCGGCGCAGCGUGGACUGAACAAGAGCACACACAAGAUUAGACAGGCUCCCUGGGCCCCGCUCACCUCCGCUGGCCCUGGAGUCUCCUAAGGUCGUCCUGCAGAGUUAGCAUUGGCAAAGACUUAUAAGGGUCAAGGUUUUCCUCAAAAUAGUCCAAGAUGGACCCCUUUCAGGAACCUGGACAAAUCUGGUUCUUUGAAGUCAUAAAAAAUGGCAAAUGUGGGUCAAAUAUGUCGUUUAAAAAAAAAAAAACAGGUAGUUAAAAAACCUGUUUGCUAUUAGAGGAGAAAAUACCACUUGGAUAUGACACUUCAAUAGCACGGUGGUAUGGAGUGAGUCACCUCCGUUAUUUUGAUCUCUCUUGUGAACAAGGAUCCAAAAAGACCAACUCCCGCCAGUUCCAGGCCUACAGUCAGUGGCAAUGAAACAAAGCCUGUCUUUAAGAUUCCAGCCCAUCUGUUGCUUUAUCUGUUAGGACUGCACUUUGGGCCGACGGCCUGCAGAUGGGAAGCGCACAGUGGGGUUCCUGUGAGUGGGUGCGUGGCAGUGUGUUCUGCAAAGGUCCAGGGGAGCCCUGCCCAGCUGCUCUCGCUCCAGGACGACCUGUCUGAUUUGGUCUUCAUCAGUCCCAGUGCUGGGGACUCAGAGGUGGCAGGGCUUGCCUCCAGGGGUGGAUUGUCAUCCUCCCAGGAGAAGCCAAGUCUGAGGUGUCAAAAGGUAAAGCCAGGCUGACCUUGAGACAUGCCAGGUGAGGCCAGGGUGACACCUUUGUUUGGUGCAGAGACAGCUCAGCUGUAGGGACAGUGCGACUCUCCGAGUGCACGUCCAUCUCUGCCUGCCGCGGGCCCAUGCCCCGCCCCCUCUGCUCUGUCCUCUGCUUCAUGCUGAGCAUGGGGUGCCCGGGUGGGGCAGGAGGUGCUGUCAGCUGGUCCGUGCAGAGCAGACGCUACAGGCCACCCCCUCCUGCCUCUGCCCGCCCGCGAAGCUGGCCCUUACAUCCGUGACGAUGGGCACGCCCAGGUGGGCCAUGUUGGUGAUGAUCUCGCUGUCCUCGGGGGGGAUCUGGGCGUGCUGGAUCAGCUUGUUCAGGUUCUCCUCGGUGAUGCCUGCCAGCACAAGCCACUGGUCACCACACCCGGGAGCAGAGACAGCUGCUUCUGUCCUCUGCUCGAGGGGCAUGGAAACCCAUCUGCCUACCACAGCAACAGGCCUCUAAGAUGAGGGCAAAAUAAAUAUUCUGUUUCCGCUGGAGAGCCCUUAGUGACGCAGCACUCUGUCCUGAGGGAUGGCUUC